CUUUGUCCGAAGUUCUUGCAUACCAACUCCACCAGUCACACCUGGCCUUUCAGUGCAAUUGCAGAACUUAUAGAUAAUGCUUAUGAUCCAGAUGUGAGCGCUAAACAGAUAUGGAUAGACAAGACAGUGAUAAACGACAAUAUAUGCUUGACAUUCACUGAUAAUGGAAAUGGUAUGAACUCAGAGAAGCUGCACAAAAUGCUAAGCUUUGGCUUUAGUGAGAAGUCUGUGAUGAAUGGCCGGGUUCCAGUGGGGCUCUAUGGAAAUGGGUUUAAAUCAGGGUCCAUGCGCCUGGGAAAAGAUGCAAUAGUCUUCACCAAGAACGGAGAAACCAUGAGUGUGGGCCUGCUAUCUCAGACUUUCCUUGAAGCCACAAAAGCAGAGCAUGUCAUGGUUCCUAUAGUGACAUUUGACAACCACCGACAGAUAAGUGAUCCAACAGAAUCCAAGAGCAGCCUGAAGGCCAUCUUAACACAUUCUUUAUUUUCUACUGAGGAGAAAUUGCUGGCAGAACUAGAUGCUAUAAUAGGGAAAAAAGGAACAAGAAUUAUCAUUUGGAAUCUUAGAAGAGAUAAAAAUGAUAAAACAGAGUUUGACUUUGACAAGGAUAAAUAUGACAUCAGAAUUCCAGAAGACUUAGAUGAAACAGGCAGAAGAGGAUAUAAAAAACAAGAGAGAAUGGAUCAGAUUGUUCCAGAAAGUGACUACUCACUGCGGGCCUAUUGCAGUAUUUUAUACCUGAAGCCAACAAUGCAGAUCAUUCUGCGAGGACAAAAAGUGAAAACACAGCUGGUUUCCAAGAGCCUCGCCUUCAUUGAGCGGGAUAUAUAUAGGCCAAAAUUUUUGAAUGCUAAAACAGUAAGAAUUACUUUUGGAUUUAACUGCAGAAACAAAGAUCAUUAUGGAAUAAUGAUGUACCAUAAAAACAGACUCAUCAAAGCUUAUGAAAGAGUUGGCUGUCAGUUAAAGGCAAACAACAUGGGUGUUGGCGUAGUGGGGAUUAUUGAAUGCAACUUCCUAAAACCAACUCAUAACAAACAAGAUUUCGACUAUACAAAUGAAUACAGACUUACAAUAGCAGCAUUAGGAGAAAAGCUCAACGAUUAUUGGAAUGAAAUGAAAGCUAAGAAAAAUGAAGAAUAUCCAUUAGCUUUGCCAGUUGAGGAGAUACAAAAGCAGCCUGACCAGACAUGGGUCCAGUGUGAUGCGUGUCUGAAAUGGCGGAAGCUGCCUGAUGGGAUAGAGCACUUGCCAGAGAAGUGGUACUGCUCACUCAACCCUGACCCACAAUUCCGGAAUUGCAAUGUGCCAGAAGAACCAGAAGAUGAUGACUUAAUACAUCCUACAUAUGAGAAAACUUACAAGAAAAAAGACAGGGAAAAAGUGAAGAAGCGAAUAGAGUAUGGUCACCAGAUCAAUAAUGAAAUGUUUUUAAAAACACCUGUUUCUUCAAGUAAAGACUUCAAAACAUUCUCACCUGUGAGUGGGAAGGAAGCUGUUCCAAGAUCACUUUUACCAGAAACAUUAAAUGCUUCUGUGAAAAGAUCUAUGCUGCUUUUAAAUAGAUCAGUAUCUUCACCUCAUUCUGAUUCUGACAACAGUCUCAAACGGAAGAUGGCCAGUUGUGUGACGCCUGUGUCUCUAAAAACACCUCGAUUAAAUGACAAAACAUUCAACAACCAUGAUGAUGAUGAUGUCAUUAUUUUAGAGGAGAGCAGUACUCCAAAGCCUUCAGCAGAUUCUGAUGUUCCUGUAGUAAAAACUGAAUGUAUUAAUCUGGAUCAAGAGCAGAGGAGGGAAGAAAACUCUGGUGUCAGAGACCCUUGCAGUGCACCUGCUUCAGAAUCAAAAAGUGAACAGUUGACCUCAGCAACACAGACAGAGCUCCCAAACUUAGUUGUAAAAAAAGAAGAGGUAGAAGAUGACACUGAUAUCCAGAUUCCCAGGGCAGAGACGGAACCUGAACAGCGCAAUAUUAAUGAUGUUUCUGAGAUGUCUGUAGAUCUUGGAAAUGAACUGAAAAAUCAGCUGCAUUUAUUAAACAAAGAAAAAGAAAUGUACCAAAACAAAUGUGCAGUAUUAACCAAACAAGUAGAAACACUGGAACAGAGGAUUUUAGAAAUGAAUAAUAAGUAUGUAAAAAAAGAAAUGUGCCAUCAGUCUACUGAGACAAUUUCUUCACUUGAAGAAAACGUUAAUGAAAGAAGUUUGGCAGAAAUGACCAUUCGCUACGAACAGGCCUUAGAAGAAAUAGCAAAACUAAAGGAACAGUGCAGUACCCUGCAGAACUUAAAAACUGAAUGCAGUAAGUGUGCUGAUGCUGAAAGUAAGAGUGAGGUGGAUGAAAUUGCUGUGCAACUGGAUGAUGUUUUCAGGCAGCUGGACAAGUGCAGCAUUGAGAGAGACAGAUACAAAAGUGAGAUCGAACUACUAGAAGUGGAAAAAAAUCAAAUUGCCUGUCAGUGUGAAGAACUCAAAGAAGAAAUUGCACAGUUAAAAGCUUCAAUUCCACAAGCAGUAGCACGUACAAAUGAUUCUACCAGCAGUAAUGUAGAAGACUCUGUAAAUUUUUCUGAUGGAGAAAGCUUGAAACUACGCUCUCUUCGGGUGAACGUUGGACAACUUCUGGCUACAAUCAUGCCUGAUCUAGACUUGCAGCAAGUAAAUUAUGAUAUUGAUGUAGUAGAUGAAAUUUUAGGACAAGUUGUAGAGCAAAUGCAUGAAAUCAGUAGUACUUAAGGUAUUACGGUUUUAGGAGACUCUUACGUGAUCUUCCAUUAUAACCUUUGUGUAGGUUCAAAAUUGUAUAUACUGCUUCUUCACUUUAUAUAUUUGACAUAGUUCAGUCAAUAAAUGUACAUAUUCUAUGCAUUUAGAUGUUCCCACAGAUGCAGUGGGUGUUACCUUCACUUCCUCUUAAAGGAACACUGUUGAUACUGACCAACCGUCAUGUACUUGAUUAAGGAUUUUGCUCUUAAAAUGUAUUUGUAAUUAAAUUUGCAAAUAUUUUUAUUAUUAGGAAUCUUAAUACUUUUCUACAAAAGCUUUUCGUUGACUUCCGCUCUUCUAUAAGCAUUAAUACUUGUAAUUAUCUCCUCUUUUAAAAUCUAAGUGGUGGAAUAUAUUAAAAAUGCAAAAAA